CGUGUAAAUAAGCGACGUGACGUUUUUUAAAAUGUGGGUAUCUUUAUAUUGAAAUUUAUGGUAUGGUCACGAGGUAAUAAUGGAGAAAAUUUGCCCCCCUCCCCCCCUUUCACCUUUGUCAAAUUUCAUCAAUGCUGUUGCUUGAAAUGUUUGUCAGUGGAUUUACUUGUUCGUGUGUUUUAGGCAGGACCGUUUUUGAUAACUUUCGAUUGUUUGAGAUGAAAAAGUUUAACUUGUAUGAAUAUUUCCAUUAUCACUUUAUCUACUUAUCUAUAAAUUGCAUAGUUUUGGUCGGAUGAAAGGUCAGUAUUUUCCAAUUUUCAACAGUAUAAUUUCCUUUAGCCUGCCUGCCUUGAGCCUGCCAUUAAACUGUUCAUGAUGUAACCAAAUCUGUCUGAAAGCGGAAACAUCUCGUCAUCAAAGUUGAAUUGUCUGAAAUAGGAGAUCAACUGUUUUAGAAACACGAGGAGGCUCUAUGCACUUUUUAUAAACGUGUUUUCGUGACUGUGUCCAAGACAGGGUUCCUAGUUUCUGAAUUACACACCAGCUAGCACUUUCACAUUUGCCACUUACAGAGGCGGAUCCAGAGUGAGUUCCUUGAUGCACAGAACUCAGUCAGUUUUCCAAUUUACUUUUCCUUUUAACCUACAUUGCCACUCGACAAUGCCACCUUUUGGGCAAGGCAAAACGACCAUACAUCCCCUUAUAGAAGAACCCCGUUAAGGCGGUAUAGGUUUUAAGAAACAAGGCAGUAUGAUUCUUUUCCGAUUCACCCUGUUGAUAGGGCCUUUUGUGUUAAUUUCAGAUAACCAGCUAUUUUAGCGAUAUAUUUAUCCAGCAGUAUCAAAACAGCAUUUGAUAGCGUAAAAGGAUCUGCCAACAUUUGAUUGUUUUCAUUAAAUUCACAAAUGGCCAAAAUCGAAUAUUUGUUUGAAAGAGAUCUUUCUGAAGAAAUCUGCCGUCUAAUCAAUUUUUAUCUACAUGUGAUGGGAUUAUUUAUUGGUGUCCCAGUAGGAAGUCUUCUAUUAAAAUCUUUCCAAUUAUUCGUUUUUAAAACAACAUGAAUGUGAGAAUCAACAAAGUCCCAUUAUUUCGCAAUGAAAUUGCUUCUUUUCUGUUGAUCCCUUUUUUGUAUAUUUUCACAAUGCUGAGUCUAUUGAGAAACACGACUUAGUUCCCUUUCAACUGUUUACUCGUCUGAAAGGAGUUUACAUCCGGUAGUUGGUAUUGAUUCAAAUUCCCCUCGGAUCAAGAUCCAAGCCAUAUUCAAUCGGCGUAGGCUUUUUGUUUUGCUAUGUAAUCCCGUUGCAUCGAUGACGUCAUUGCGCGAGUUUUAGACAGGGUUGCCAGUUUGGAUUUUUCUAAUCCAAAUUCCAGAAAUUUGGAUUUAUGAAAAUUUGUUUGGCUUUCAAAAUAUGAUUUGGAUUUGGCCCAAAAUUUGGCUUAUUUUGGAUUUAUAUGAAAAAUUCUCAAAAUUUUUCCGAACAUUUGAAUUUUUAAAAAAUAUUUCGGUUAACAUCUGUUUCAAUUUAAUUGGAUAACACCUUUUAGUCCAUUUCUCUGAGACUUUCAGGUUUCUUUUUUAAGGUAGAACAUGAUGUGUGAAGUGAUAUAACAUGUUUAUCCCUGGUGCGAUGAAAUUAUGUAAAUGUGAAUACUUUUAUCGUCGCUGUUAAACAAGCUUCUGAUGGAUCACAAAACGCUUUUUGCAAGUUAUGUCACUAAGCAAUUGCUCCAAAAGCAUCUAAUCUGUCGAACCACGAGAAAUCAGAAAGACAUGCAAAGAAUAUGAAUUCUAUUAAUUAUACCUUAUUUUUGAGAGCAAUUCUCGGAUAAUUUUAAAUUAACAUUAAUUUGCAAAAUCUUUAGAUGCCUCGUUUUCAUUUCUUCGAUUCUAUUGUUCUAAAACCUCGUUUUCAUAUUUGGCUUAAUUUGGAUUUUUGACACACAAGAUUUGGCUUUGGCCAAUUUUGAGACCUGGCAACCCUGGUUUUAGAGCUAGUCCAUGUGCUGCAGGUUAGGGUCCAUCUAGAUUUACGAGGAUGAAGAAUGCGGUGUCUCGCCUAAUGCUCGAAUUACCUCUGUUCUAGUCUGAGUGUAGGCGGACUGGAUUCUUCGUACCACGAAAACAUUAAAACCGGAAUGUUAUGACAUUGGUAGAAAAGUUAUCAGAAAUUUUCUUUUUGAAGGAUUACGAUAGAGAUCAGACUGCUUGCGUAAUACUUGUCUCAAUUUUAAAUGAGUAGCAUUGCUGUUAUUUUGAAGACUGACAAAAGCGGGUGAAUAUAUUUGUUUUUCCGUGAACAGCUGGUCCCAAUCUCAAGACUCGAGCUCAUUAUUAAAAAGUUUCAGGAAAUAUUAACGGCAGACGCGGCCAACUUGAAUUCAGUGCACAUGGAUAAAACCAACAGCUCCGAAGUGGGCAGGCUUGCGUGCUUUGGUCUCAAGACAAUUCUAUUUGAGAGUAAAAGCUCUGUCGUCAUCACAGCAAUCGGAGUUUCAAUUUUCAAUACGAUACUUGCAUUCACUGCAACAUUUGGGAAUGGUUUGAUGAUAUUCGUCUUGGCCACAAAACGGAGUCUCAAGUCGCCAUCAAAUCUUCUUAUUUGCAGCUUAUGUGUGACAGAUUUCAUCGUUGGUCUUAUUGUUCAACCAUUGCAUGUUGUCUCGCGUGUUUACGAGAUUCGCGGGAUUCACCUUUGCAAAGUAAAGCUUACCUACGCUUACUUCGCCUUUUUAUGCAGUGGUGCCUCGUUUUUAAAUGUCACUCUCAUAAGCAUGGACAGAUGCUAUGCUGUAUGUCGUCCAUUUCUUUACGAAGCAAACGUCACAACGAAGAAGUAUUCAGUUGCAGUUGCUGUAAUGUGGGCAUCCUGGAGUGCCUUGACACUGCUUCCUUUUGUUGGCGUCAUCAGCACCAAUAGCUAUAAUCUCGUGCUUUUUCUGGCCCUGAUCGCCUGUAUUGUGGCAAUUUUCAUUUGUUACGGUUGCAUUUACGUCGUGGCGAAACGACUGAGAAAUGCAGUAGCUCCUCCCGCGUGUGUAGGUAGCGAUAAAGAAAGAAAGACUGUCGUGAAGAGAGCCAAUGAACAGCAAAAAACAAACACCGUGGCUAUACUCAUAACAAUAUUGAUUCUUUGUUAUGCACCAAAUGUAACUUGUGGCUUGUUGGAGAGUGUUCUUGGAUUCAGUUUGGAUUUGGCGUACGUCGCGUGGCAUUGGACUGGCCUACUUGUUUUUGCGAAUAGCUCAUUCAACCCCCUCCUUUACUGCAUAAGGAGCAGUGACAUUAGACGAGUUGUCUACCGCGAGAUUAACCGAAGAACCGGACUUCUUAGUCAAAACGUAGGCUCCACUGUGACAUGAGGAUGUUUCCUUUACUGUAGAUGCCAACUUUUAAUGACAGUUUAAUUUAUUCUUUUGAAUUUGACAGCGUUCUAACGUUAUUUAUUUGUCAACUUAUUAAGUAACAUCAAUGAGCGAGCUAUUUGUUAAACAAAGUCAUAUCAGUAUAUUUCUUGAAAGGAAUAAUGGAUUGAAGAAAAGUAUGCAAUAUAGAAAAUAAAGUUUUUUAUUUAGUUUAACGCACAAUUUACGAUAAUUUUAUAUUUCAAGAAUAUAUUAUCAUCGUUGCUGAACAAGUGUGGUGUUAAUUAACAUUCUGGAAUACUUUAGUAAUGCAAUUACACGGGCUUCGAUGCAGGUUGCAAACUAGGGGGAGGAGGGGGGGGGGGGCGAGAGAAAAUUUAACAAUCAUAACAAAAUUUAUUGAACAAAAUUCUAAGCAAAAAAGUGGGAUGGCCAUGCCCCCUUCGUCGGAGGCCUUGAAAUACAUCCGAACUGAUAAAGACGUGUGAAGGGACCUUUCUGCUGCGUCUAUAUUAGCAAAAGUUUACAAAAGUCUAUCCUAACAUUGGCAAGGAGCCUCCAAACUAUACACUUCUAGACAGAAAUUGAUUUGUUCUACAAAACAUAUGGUAGCUUGACGUAAUCAUAGUUCAUAAUUUUUGUCAAAAACCGCUCUCUGAUCAUUUGAUUUGAACUUCGAUUAGAAAAAGCUUGAAGGAUUAUACAAAGUGAAUUGGAAGUCAAAUCCUGAUAAACGGAGUAUAAAUUUCGUGUUUCGGUUAUUUGAAAUCACCUGCAUAUGUCUUCAGUUUCCCAAAUUUUUCAAUGAGUGUGUUGAUAAAACUCAUUUUUCGUCAGAAAAGGAAGUUUAAAGUCCAAUAAGCUAUGACCAGUUAAAAAAGCUAUCAAAACUGAGACUUUGUAAUGUAACCCAAGUAAAUCAAUAGAAGAUGCAUAAUUUUGCUUUCUUAAAGGCGAAAGUUUCUUUAGUAUUUAACAGCUCUAAAACUGAAUGUAAGUUUGAUUGGCAGAGCUUGUUCCCACUUCUUUAUUUCGUAUGCAAAGUUUAAAUUUCUUCGUUUCUUUGUAAAUCUGCUCAUCUUGAACUUGUGUUACCAUUUGACUAGACGCCUGUGUCUAAAUCGAUGCAUUUAUCACAAAUUAUUACGUUGUUCCACAUAUUCAGCUGUUGUGUCCGGAUUUUCAUUUGGGACAGGGCGUGUGGGUUACAAUACUGUGACGUAAUUUCUAUAUGAGAUUAUGUACCUGGUUUAAUCGCUUUGGAAAUGAUUAAUACAUAAUCGCUUUGAUUAUGUAUCCGAGUUUCGCUUUGGAAAUUAAGAUCAUAUAAGGAUAAAAAGGAUUUGAUAAAAACGAACAAAUGUUGAACGAUAAAGAACUAUAUGCAUGUAGUGUAUAUCAACAUGUCUAUGCAUGAAAUGUGAAGAAUUAACAUAUAUAUGUAUCUAGCAUCUUAGGCACAAUAUAUUUAGGAUUCGAUGCAGAUUCCUCUGGAAAUACGACUCUUUGUAGCUCCAGCACACAGACUCUCUUUUAGGAAGUCUUUGAUUUUUGAGAGGAGAUUGUUAGGAAAUUUUUGCUUCGCAAUUGAAUAACGUGUUGCGUGGUUUCAAAACUAAUAUCUGAUAAGUUAGUGUGGGCGGAUCAUCGACCCUUAGGCUUGGUUUUGUAUCAAAUGACGUGCAUUUUUGGUCAGCGUGUAUCACUAUUGAGUUUCUUUUGAAUGUUUGCCACUUCAUCAACCAAAUCCCUUCGCAAUUCGUGGGACAGUUAGAACGCUGACCUGACGACACUAUCAGUUGUUUUGAAAUCAUUCAGUUAGAUUCAUAGAGGGUCUGAAGGGGUAACGUGGCACUUCUAGAACCCUUCAAUUGGAAUUCCUAUGCUGGGGCAGGGCUUUUGCCAGCUGGGAUUGAAAAAAUGUGGUUUUAGCAAUAAAUUUGAAAGGGUAUUUUCUUCAUUCAACGUUAAAUCAAGCCGUUUUCUAAAUGCUUGAAAGCAAUAAAGAUGUCGAUUCACCAGUUGAAAGCAAUGAAAUUGUCAGCAAGAAUAGCUCAUAGUUUUUAUCGUUUUGGGUAUUUCUAUGAGGGGAAGCACCAAAUAACAUUUGUCCCAGCUGCCAAAAGAGGUUUGCUGAUGGCUUAAAACUGUUUUGGACUCUGCUUGUGAUCUUACAGGCUUCUGUUAUCACUAGCUGCCUACCACUUGUUUUGUAUAUUUGUUAACUGGAACUCAAAAGUACGUUUGUCUUCAGCACUGCAUUUUACUAUUAGUCAGCAUCGAAUCUCCCGUUGAAAACUGUAAAUUCAAAAAGAACUGAUUGAACAAAUCAUUAAUUGAAUCCUGAUUUU